AUGGCAUCAUCAUCUUUCGCAGGCUUCUCCGGAGGGAUUAAAGGGACCAAAAAGAAGAAGAAAAUCAACGUCCAAGAAGAGGAGGAAGAAAAAGACGGUGAAAAAAGAGAGGCGGUUUUAGCGGUCGGGAAAGACCGGGUGCAUUUGAAAGAAGAGAAGAAAAAAGGAGAAGAGAAGAAGAGUAUUCCGGCGAUGAGGAAUACUUUUGAAGUUGGGACCGGGAGGCAAAGAAAGGCACCAAGUUUUCUUCCAACGGAAAGCGAGAAAAUAGACGACGACAAACGAUUCGAGGUAUCAGAAACGAUCGGAGGCGAAACCGCGCAGGGCAACAAAACCACGUAUGGGUUAACGAGGAUGGCACCGAAAGGCGACGAAGCGAAAGUGCGGUACGAGAACAAGAAGAAAGAGCAAGACAAGAAUAAGAACGAGUCGUUCAUCGGAAAGAGUUUAGCGGAAAAAGAAUUGGAUGCUUUUAAAGAGGACGUUGAGGAUUUACCUGAGCAAGCGUCAAUUGAGGCGUACGAGUCGAUGCCGAUUGAGGAUUUUGGUGCGGCAAUGUUGCGCGGGAUGGGUUGGAAAGAAGGCGAAGGGGUUGGAAGGAACGCGAAGAGCGGAAGAGCAGAUCCUGUAGAAUUUGUGCCGAGGAUGGGGAGGUUAGGAUUAGGAGCGGAUACUAUGGAUGUACCAGGUGCAACUCUGAGGAAGAAUAACAACAACAACGAUAAGAAGAUACGGAAACCGGGCGAAACGAGAGAGGAAAAGAUGGAGAUAUUAGUGAGAGAUCCAAACGCGUCUCGAGCGCCUGGGAUGAGGAACGUAAAAUCUAUCGACGAAAAGCUCGUAAAGAAGGAAGAGUUAGGGGUGAAAGAAGGGAAGCGCAUGUACGUGGCAAAAGGGAAGCACGAAGGGUUAACGGGACGAGUGUUGAAAAUUCAGAAAGCAGACGGGAGAGCGCAGUUUGAACUUGAUUCCUCGGGCGAAGUCAUUACGUUGCGAUGCUCCGAAUUAGACGAGAUGGUAAACGCUCCCGAUUCUCAAAGAGAUAAGAAACGAAAGAGCAGCGACGAUGCGGGUAGUAAGAAGAGUAAGAAGGCGCGGGAGGAAGAAGAAUCGGAAGAAGAGGAUGAUGAUGAUGAUGAUGAUGAUGAUGAUCCGUGGCUCUAUCCAUCCGUUCGCGUUCGAAUCAUCUCCAAAUCUUUCUCUGGCGGGAUAUACUAUCUGAAGAAAGGAACAAUUGUAGAUAUUCCAACGCCCAAGGAGUGCACUGUGCAAAUCGAUGGAGAUAACGGUAGAACUUCGCCGCUGGUAUCGAACGUUCGUCAAUCUUAUUUAGAAACGUGCAUCCCGAAGAAACCGGGUGGUCGUGUGGUCGUUCUCGCCGGGAAGUUGCGAGGCCGCCGGGGUAAGUUGGUGCAAAAGAAUAAGAGUAACGAUACUGCUCGAGUCCAAUUGAGUGACGAUUUUACCGUACAUGACGAUAUCGAUCUCGAUGAAAUCGCCGAGUACGUCGGCGAAAUGGACGAAGACGAAUAA